AACACUCCAGACAAGCCCAUAUAUGGCUAAUUGCGUCACAGGAACUCCGGGGGGCGGGGACAGGGAUCCCCCCCGCUCCCGGCCCGCCCCGGCGCCUCUUAACGGCGGCGGCGGCUCCCGGAGCCUCAAACGGCGACGGCGACCGCGGCCACGGCGGCUGCGGGGUCCGGGCGGGCUCGGGGGGCUCCCGGGGGUCCCGGAGCAGCGGCGGCGGCUGCCGUGACGUCAGCGCAAGGGGGCGGGGCCCCGCCGUAUAAAGCGGCGGGGCUGCCGUGAGCAGUUCAUUCAUAAAACCGGAGACCGGGGGAGCGGCGGGAGCGCCACCGGGGCUCGGAGCGGACGUGCCGGAGCCUGGGAAGGGAUUUACCGGAGCUUGCGGCGGCCGAGCGGAACUUUGUGUCGGGCAGCUCGGGACGGAUGUGCCGGGACUCGUAGCGGAGAGCCGGAGCCUGGCACGGGGCGCGCCGGGGGCUUUGUACCGGACAACUUUGGAGCCCGGGACGGGCGCGGCGGGACUUUGUACCGAGCAACCGGAGCCUGGGACGGAUGCACCGGGGUGUGUAGGGGCGCAGCGGGGCUUUGGAGCGGCGGACCGGGGCCCGGGACGGACGUACCGGAGCUUACAGUGCACAACCGGAGCCCGGGACGGGCACAGCGGCGUUCGCUACCGGCCGGCCGAAGCUCGCAGAGGCGCACCGGAGCCCCGCACGGAUAUACCGGAGCCCGUAGCCGCUCACCGGGACGUUGCAGCGGCGCGCCGGAGCCCGGCGCGGACACACCGGCGGCUCUAACCGCGGACGGGAACUCGGACCGACCAACCGGAGCCUGACCGGGGCUCACCGCGCCGAACCGGGGCUCGCCGCCGACCCCCCCCUCCGCCAGCCCCCCUCCGCGGGGCCUCGCCCCGCGCUUCCCACCGGAGCCCGUGAUGCCGGCGGCGGCGGCGUGACCCGCAGCCUUGUCGCGGCGGGGCGGCCCCCGCGCCCCCGGGCCAUGUUCCAGGGCUUCCCCGGGGACUACGACUCGGGGUCGCGCUGCAGCUCGUCGCCCUCGGCCGAGUCCCAGUACCUGUCGCCGCUCGACUCCUUCGGGAGCCCCGCGGCCGCCGGGGCCGCGCAGGAGUGCAGCGCCCUGGGGGACAUGCCCGGCUCCUUCGUGCCCACGGUGACGGCCAUCACCACCAGCCAGGACCUGCAGUGGCUGGUGCAGCCCACGCUCAUCUCCUCGGUGGCCCCGGGGGCCCCCAUGGCGCAGCCGCCCCCCCUGGACCCCUACGACCUGCCGGCCAGCUACUCGACCCCCGGGCUGGGCGCCUUCGCGGGACCCCCGGCGCCGACCCCCGGCCGGGCCCCCCGCGCCCGCCCCCGGCGCAGCCGCGAGGAGACGCUGACGCCGGAGGAGGAGGAGAAGCGCCGCGUGCGGCGGGAGAGGAACAAACUGGCGGCGGCCAAAUGCCGCAACCGGCGCCGGGAGCUGACGGACCGGCUGCAGGCGGAGACGGACCAGCUGGAGGAGGAGAAGGCGGAGCUGGAGUCCGAGAUCGCGGAGCUGCGCAAGGAGAAGGAGCGCCUGGAAUUCGUGCUGGUGGCCCACGCGCCCGCCUGCAAGGUCCCCUUCGAGGACAUCGGCGCCGUGGGCGCCGGCCCCGCACCGGAGAGGGAGCCACGUGUGGAGCCUCGCACCCAGCGGAGCAGCAGCAGCGACCAGUCCUCGGACUCCUUGAACUCUCCCUCGCUCCUCGCGUUGUGAACGGGGUGCCCCCACCCCGUGGCCCCCCCCCCCCACUCUCCCCGAGCCCCCAAAAACGGGCGCCUCCUCCCUGCCCCGCCGCGCC